GUUGAAAUGGAGGACGCAAAAUAUGACGAAGAUUCCUUACCAAGUGGUUGAAAUUAGACUACCGUAUUGAGAAGCGUUACUUGAGAAAUAGUCUAUACACUAUUUUGUUUCUAAUAUGACGGAGCCGGUGGAAAAGAGCAAAACGCUUCAGAAAGCCAUCGCUUCUAAAGACAGGUCAACAGUACGUCGGCUUGCCGAAUCGCUAAAUAUAAAAUAUGAGCAGUCUGUUCAAACGUCGGAAAAGCAUUCAAGAGAUUUGGUAACAGAUAUUGAAAGAAAAAUCGGAACGUCGGCCAUUGAUGCUCAAGAUGACGAUGGGAAAACGGCAUUGUACAGAAGUGCUGCAGAGGGUCAUACUAGAGUUUGCAGAAUUCUGAUUGAAUCAGGAGCAAACAAGGAUAUUCAAAAUGUAGUAAGUGUGAUGUUGUGA